GAAGCAGCCGAGUCCCUACUCUUCUCUUCAGGCGUCUUGUACGCAGGCGUAAGGGAGGUUGGAACUUCUCUUCAACAUGGCGGCGACCAUAGACAACAGCAAUGCCGUACAGGCGACAAAGAAAAGGCACCUCGGGAUCCCCGAGGCGGUGUUUGUGGAGGAUGUCGACUCGUUCAUGAAGCAGCCCGGAAACGAGACGGCAGACGCGGCGCUCCGGAGGCUGGACGAACAGUACCAGAAAUAUAAAUACAUGGAGCUCAACCUGUCUCAGAAGAAACUCCGGUUAAAAAACCAGAUCCCACAGAUCACCCAGACGCUAGAAAUCCUCCGACACAUGCAGAAGAAAAAGGAAACCACAGAGCCAAUGGAAACACACUUCUUACUGGCUGACAAUGUUUACUGCAAGGCCUCAGUGCCGCCCACUGACAAAGUUUGCCUAUGGUUAGGGGCUAACGUCAUGUUAGAAUAUGACAUCGAUGAAGCCCAGGCUCUCCUGGAGAAGAACUUGUCCACAGCAUCUCGUAACCUAGAGACGCUGGAGGAAGAUCUGGACUACCUGAGAGACCAGGGCACCACCACUGAAGUCAACAUGGCACGAGUCUACAACUGGGAUGUAAAGAGAAGGAGCAGAGAAAACCUCCUGAAAUCAGCAGCCAAGUCUUAAUUGAACAAAACCGUGUCGAUGUUCCCAACCUGCUAACCUUCUUCUUAGUCAUUAAAAGAAAAAUAAACCCAGAGCUGAAGUCAUGCGUAUGUUGACCCCAGAGCCUGGCUCAUUAGAGGACUCGUCUGAAGUGUUACUGGAAGUUUGAGCUCUCAGAGGUGCAGUAUGUGAAGCUGCAGAGGUCGAGCGUGUGUCAUAGUUCAGUUUGCCUUUCAACGUCUCCUCUAUCUGGCCCAGCUCGCCUUUCCACCACUACUGUUUUCUGUUGAUUUUUUACUUUUUACAGUAUUUUUUCAAGUAAAAACUACCCAAAAACAAAGUCAA